AUUUUAAAUGCUUGCCGUCAGGAUUGGCUUGGGUAUCCUGUACAACUUAUAACGAAGCACUACUAAUAUCAGAUGGCAGUUCAGUGUGUGUCGAAAGUUGAGCUUUCCAUCUCAUGCAAUAGCCUCCUCGACAAAGAUGUUGGAUCUAAGUCAGAUCCAUUGUGCGUACUGCUUCAGAGUGUAGGGGAUGGCAAGUGGACUGAGAUUGAUCGCACUGAGAAAGUGAAGAAUUCUCAGGACCCCGAGUUCUCAAAAAAGCUACGCAUUGACUACUUCUUCGAGAAGGUGCAGAAGCUGAAGCUGGGCAUCUAUGACAUUGAUAACAAGUCUUUUGAUCUGAGUGACGAUGACUUCCUGGGAGGCUUUGAGUGCACUCUUGGACAGAUUGUAUCGAGUAAGAAGAUUACCAGACCUCUAGAGCUUAAGAAAGGCAAACCAGCUGGCAAAGGCACAAUAACGAUUACAGCUGAGGAGAUAAAGGAUAACAGGGUCAUUGCGUUGGAAGUUGAGGCCAAAGGCCUUGAUAAGAAGGAUGUUUUUGGGAAAUCUGAUCCAUUCCUGGAGUUCUUCAAGCAAGGGGAAGAUGGCAAAUGGCAACUGGUCCACAGGACUGAAGUCAUCAAGAAUAAUUUGAAUCCAUCCUGGAAAAAAUUUGCCGUGUCUCUGCAUACGUUUUGCACCGGUGACUUGAACAAGCCAAUCAAGGUCCAUUGUUCUGAUUAUGAUAGUGAUGGCUCACAUGAUCUAAUUGGUGUUUUCCAAACUAAUGUAUCUGAACUGCAGAAAGCAGACCGUGCUUCACCGGUGGAAUUUGACUGUGUUCACCCUGAGAAGCAAAAGAAGAAGAAGAACUACAAGAAUUCCGGCGUGAUUCGUAUUAAAUCAUGCAAGAUAGAAACCGAAUAUACGUUCCUGGAUUAUGUUAUGGGAGGAUGUCAAAUUAAUUUUACGGUGGGGAUAGACUUCACUGGCUCUAAUGGGGACCCUCGCUCCCCAGACUCCCUGCACUACCUGAGCCCUGAUGGCCUGAACCAGUAUCUCUCUGCCAUCUGGUCUGUGGGUCUGGUCGUCCAAGACUAUGACACGGAUAAAUUCUUUCCUGCUUUUGGAUUUGGUGCGCAGAUACCUCCGGAUUUCAAGGUGUCACACGAAUUUCCACUGAACUUCAAUCCCAGCAGCCCCUAUUGUCAAGGGGUGCAGGGAAUUGUGGAAGCCUACCGCAUGGCACUGCCCCAGGUCCGUCUCUAUGGGCCAACUAAUUUCUCCCCCAUCAUCAACCAUGUCGCCCGCAUCGCGGCUGGAGCUGCCCAGCAGCCCAACGCAGCGCAAUAUUUUGUGCUGUUGAUCAUAACUGAUGGGGAGAUCACUGAUCUGGACCAGACACGGCAGGCCAUUGUGGACAGCUCCAAACUGCCCAUGUCCAUCAUCAUUGUGGGAGUGGGAGAAGCAGACUUUAAGGCCAUGGAGUUCCUCGAUGGAGAUAAUGGAGUCCUGAAGUCUCUGACCGGAGAGCCUGUGGUCAGAGACAUUGUGCAGUUUGUGCCCUUCAGGCAGUUCAUUAAUGCCCCUAAAGAAGCUCUUGCCCAGACCGUUCUGGCCGAAGUACCCGGCCAGCUGGUGUCGUACUUUAAGAUGCGAAAGAUUGGUCCCGUCAACCCACCAGCUGUCAAAUAGAGGGGGCCACCACUAGAGGGCAGCAAUUGCUCAUCUUUAGGCCAACCUGACAACUGUGUACUACAUAUCUCACAUUACACAAUACGUUUUUUUUUAUAUGUUUACAUCUCAUAUUUUAUCACAGUUUUUUUAAUAUACAUUUCACAUUAUAAUAACCAAUAUAUCCUGCCUUGUUUUCCAUGUUUAGGUCUAAAAUUCUGUAGUUUAUUAUUACAUUCCAACAUCUCAUAAUAUGGGACAGAAAUCAUGAGUUUUGGCUCCAGCAGUCAUACAAGUUGUCUACAGUGUCAUUAUGUUACAUGUCCUAAAAUCAUAGUGCAUAUGCCUCUGCACUGCUCUUCCUUCUAUGCACCAUAAUUCUUAGCUGCAUGACUCUUAAGUCAUUUCUGGCUGCUAAUUACAUUAUGAUUGUUCUCUGUAACCACUGUGCCAGAAAAGUCAGUUUCGUACCAAAGUUUAUAGAAUAUAUGCACCUUAUUACGUGCCUAGAUGCUGGACAUUAUAGCGCCUCUGACUGGAAGGAGGAAAAGACACUUUAAAAUGACCAUGAAAGCUGGACAAAUGCAUUACGUUCUUCAGUUGACCAAAUUCAUCCAUGGGUUUCAAGGAGUAGCUCUCUGCCCUGCAGUUUUUCACUUUUUCUAGCUCACUGCUGAAGGUCCGUAGGUCCAUUUAAAGAUGAGUAAUGCUUAAAGAUUUGUAUUCUUUAAAUAUGUCAGACCACAAUGCUCAAACUUUUCCACUGUAAAUCAUCAGUAGAGGAUUAUCAUGUGUCCUACAUAAAGUCAGUUUGCUGUUGAUAUGAAAACUGCAAAUUUACCCAUUAUCUAGUAUUAUUGCACAGUGCCACAUGAAAUGCCUAAACAUAUAUUUACACUUGAAGAUCACAACAAAACUUUAUUUUACUAUACGUUGAAUAUGGUGUCAUUGUAUAAUCAUCAGAAAUAAAACCAUUUGUUUCAAAAACGCAUCAGCACAUUUAGAAGUAUACACUAAAAUGUGCUGAAUAUGCUUAUGUGUGUUUGAAAUGGUAUAGUUUUAGUUCUGGAAUUGCUGAAAUGAAAUAGUUUUAACAAUCAUGUAAAACUAGACUAGCAUUUUUUAGCUGAUGGAGUUAUUAAGAUUGAAGCACUUAUUGGUGGAGAGAGAGGAAACCUUUACCUGUCUGCCUUCAGGAAAGAAGUGUUCCCUGUUAUAGAUGUAAUUCACCAUAAUAUCAUUGAUAUGCCAAGUGAGUCAGGAGUGUCUGUCUGAAAAGAUCAUAUUAAUUCUUAAACUGUUGUCAGUGGCAAAUGUUUAAUGCAAAAUGUAUUUUCAGCUGCUUUGUCCUUUUGCCUCAUGUCUUUUUUACAUCUAGAAAUAAAC